AUGGAAAUAUCAAUGCCCCCACCUCAGAUAUAUGUAGAAAAAACUCUGGCCGUUAUCAAACCAGAUGUUGUUGAUAAAGAGGAGGAGAUACAAGAUAUUAUUCUCAGAUCUGGAUUCACCAUUGUUCAGAGAAGAAAACUACAUCUCAGCCCUGAGCAAUGUAGUAACUUUUAUGUGGAACAGUAUGGGAAAAUGUUUUUCCCAAAUUUAACAGCUUACAUGAGUUCUGGACCACUUGUCGCCAUGAUAUUAGCUAGACAUAAAGCCAUCUCUUACUGGAAAGAACUUUUGGGACCAAGUAAUAGCUUCGUAGCUAAGGAGACAUACCCAGACAGUCUAAGGGCAAUUUAUGGCACAGAUGACCUAAGGAAUGCACUUCAUGGGAGUCAUGACUUUGCUGCAGCAGAAAGAGAAAUUCGUUUCAUGUUUCCCGAAGUGAUUGUUGAGCCCAUUCCAAUUGGACAAGCAGCUAAGGACUAUUUAAAUUUAUAUGUAACACCAACUCUGCUUAAAGGACUCACAGAGCUUUGUAAGCAAAAGCCAGCAGAUCCUUUUACUUGGCUAGCUGAUUGGCUGCUGAAAAAUAAUCCCAACAAACCAAAACUUUGUCACCAUCCAAUUGCAGAAGAACCUUAUUAA